AUGUGGUCUCUUUUCACCAUCGCCCCUUAUGCCUUUGUGGCCGGUCUGGUGGGAAUCUCCUACUUCCUGGUCUGGCCGUUUGUGCAGUACAUCCGCGACCCCAAAGGUCUUCGGAAAUACCCCAACCUCACGCCGUUCUCCGGGAUGUCUGCUAUUCCUUUCAUGAUCAUGGCGUCCCGGGGAUUCCGGUCAAGGGAACUCAUGGAGCUGCAUCGGGAAAAGCCCGUGAUCCGCACCGGACCCAACACGCUGUCCUACGGGGAUGUGCGGGCCAUCAAGGACAUCUACGGUCACAACACCAAGUGCAUCAAGGAUCCGUCCUACGUGGUUACGGCGGGGACGCACUACCACCUAGCGGACGUGGUGGACAAGCCGGAGCACGCGCGGAAGCGCAAGGUUCUGUCGUCGGCAUAUGCGCUCAAGAACCUGGAGACGUGGGAGCACAAGGUCAGCGACAAGGUUGAGAAGGUGGUGGCGCACUUUGACAAGGUGUGCACCGCCGCGCCGUCCGAGGCCGUGGCAACCGGGAAGGUGGCUCCGGAUCCCCAAGAUCUGACGGUGGACUUCCGCGCGUGGACCAACUUCUUCACGCUCGACGCCAUUGCCGACAUCGGAUUGUCCGAGAAGCUCGGGUUACUGGACUCGGGCAGCGAUGUGUGCGUGGCGGAGCGGAAGGACGGGACGACCUAUGAGGUCCAUCUCCGGGAGGCACUCUAUCCCACGGCCCGGAAGCAGUCGCUCAUUCUCUGGAACUACGAGUGGUAUCCGGUGCUGAACAAGCUGGUCAACGUGAUCCCGUUCUUCAACCGGAUGCAACAGUCGUCGGACAACUGGGACAACAUCGUGUGGCGGCGCAGCAUGGAGCGGCUGCGACGGUACGAAGCCGGGGAGAAGCUGGACGACUUCUUCCAGGCGCUGAUGGAGGACAAGAACGGGCGGGCCAACAACCUGGAAUGGGGCGAGGUGGUGGCGGAGGUGAACAUCAUGAUGAACGCGGGCAGCGUGACGACGGCGAUUGCGAUUGCCAACGUGAUGUACCAGCUGCUGCGGAACCCGCGGUGCCUGGCCAAGCUCCGGGAGGAGGUGGACGCGGUGCUGGACGCGGACGAGGUGAUCGCGCCGUACGACAAGGUGAAGCACCUGCCGUAUCUCCGGGCGUGCCUGGAUGAAUCGCUGCGGAUCUUCCCGCCGACCUCGCACGGGCUGCCGCGCGAGACACCGGCCGAGGGGAUUGAGAUCCUGGGCCAAUGGGUGCCGGGCCACACGACAGUCAGUAUGUCGGCGUUUGUGGCGCACCGCGACGAGCGGGCGUUCCCCCAGGCGGACCAGUACCUCCCCGAACGGUGGUUGGGAGAGGCGGGCAAGGCGCUGCAGCCGUACUUUGUGGCGUUUUCGGCGGGGGCGCGGUCGUGCAUCGGGCGGAACAUCUCGUAUCUGGAGCAGACGAAGAUCCUGGCGACGCUGGUGCACCGGUACGAGUUUGCGCUGACCUCCCCGGGGUGGGAGCUGCCGCGGCUGGAGACGAUGAACCUGAUCCUGGGGGCGAUGCCGGUGCAGGUGUGGCGGCGGACGGUGGAGGCGGCCGACUGA